GGGGUCACCGAGGCCACCACAGGGGACCUGCACGGGCAGCGGGGACCUCGCCCCGGUCCCAAACUCCGGGCAGAGCUGCUGAAACUCCCGGGAUCGACACGCCCAGCACGCCACAGGAGCAGGAUUCCUCCCCAGAGACAAUGAGGAAGAUGAGUGGAUGCUCCAAAAACAACGAGCAGAGCAGCCCAGGUGAGCACAAGGAGAUGGACGGGGACAGUGGCGGCAGCUUCAUCGCCGGAGUCUUCCUGCAGGCCAAGGGGAAGAAGCUGAGCAUCCACGAGGCCAUGGUGAGGGGCAUGCUGAGCCCGGGCACGGCGCUGGUGCUGCUGGAGGCGCAGGCGGCCUCGGGGCUGCUCACGGACCCGGGCAGCGCCGCGCGGCUCUCGGUGACAGAGGCGCUGGCUCGGGGGCUUGUGGGCCACGACUUCUACGAGAAGCUGCUGUCGGCUGAGGGAGCCGUGACUGGGUACACAGAGCCCUACACGGGCCACAGGAUCUCCCUGUUCCAGGCCAUGCAUAAGGGGCUGAUCGUCAGGGACCACGGCAUCCGCCUGCUGCAGGCCCAGAUCGCCACCGGCGGCAUCAUCGACCCCACAAGCGGCCACCGUGUCCCCGUGGAGGUGGCCUACAAGCGUGGCUACUUCGAUGAAGAGAUGAACCAGAUCCUUUCCAACCCCGAGAAUCAAACGAGGACUUGCUUCGACCCCAACACCCACGAGAACCUGACCUACCUGCAGCUGCUGCGCCGCUGCGUGCCCGACCCAGACACGGGGCUGCUGAUGCUGCAGCUGAUGGACAAGGGCUCUGUGCUCUACCAGCUGAGCGAGGAUGCCCGCAGAGCCCUGCAGGCCGCCCGCACCACGCUGGCUGUGGGGCUCUUCCAGGGCCAGAGCGUCACCGUCUGGGAGCUCCUCUUCUCCCGCUACAUCCCCGAGCACCAGAGAGAGAAGCUGCUCAGGAGAUACAAGGCGGGGGCAGUGAGCACUGCACAGAUGAUCGAGGUCCUCACCGCCACCAUCACGGCAGCAGAAAGGGACAGCGGGGCUCUGGACUCACCCACAGCCAAACCCAACAACGAGGCGAGGGCGUCACCCCCAGCUCAGGACACGCAGGCCCAGGAGCAGCAGCUGAGGAAGUCCCUCAAGUCCAUGACGGUCCGUGUUACUGCUGGGGAGUUCCGGGGGCAAAACGUGUCUGUGCUGGACCUGCUCUUCUCCAGAUACAUCCCUCAGGACAAGCGUCAGGAGCUGCUGGAGCUGUAUAGGGCAGGGAUACUGAGCACGGAGCAGGUGGGCGCCGUGGUCACCACCAUGGUGAACCGGACAGAGGCCGCGAACGCCGCGCGGGUGGUGAGCACCAGGGGCAUACACAGGGCAGUGCCAGCGGCUGGGGAGGGUGGAAAGGAUUGUUCAGAACACCUGGAUGAGGUCCUGAGGUGCACCACCAUCAGUGUGCCGGCUGGGGAGCUGCAGGGACAGCAGGUGUCCCUGUGGGACCUGAUCUUCUCCGAUUACAUCUCCGAGGAGAAGAGGGAGGAGCUGCUGGACCUGUACCAUGAGAGGUUAUUAACUCUGGAGCAGAUGACAACUGUUGUCAGCACUCUGAUUAGGAAAAAAGAAUCUGCAGGCAGGAAAUUGCACAUUACAGUCAAGAGUUCCAGCAAGGAUCCUGUGACAGCAGCAGGAGAGGAGGGUGAUGACAAACCUCCCAGAGAGGAAGCCUGGAAAACAACCCUGAAAACCACAAUGGUCCACGUGGAGGCUCCAGAGUUCCAGGGCAGGCAGGUGUCCCUGUGGGACCUGCUGCACUCCCAUUACAUCCCCCAGGAGAACAGGAGGGAGCUGCUGGAGCUCUACGAGGCAGGAGAGCUGAGCCUGGAGCAGGUGAGGACCAUUGUCACCACCAUUGUCACCAGGACAGCAGCAGCAGAGAGAGCAGAGAGAGCAGCACCUGUGGGUGGUCCCAGGGCAGAGCCAGUGGCCACAGAGGCUGAACCCACUGCCCUGGAUGGGGAUGGGGCCUGGGAGGAGACCCUGAAGGCCACCAGAGCCGAGGUGUCAGUGGGGGAGUUCCAGGAUGGACAGACUUCCUUGUGGGAGAUGCUAUUCUCUGAUUACAUCCCCGAGGAGAAGCGUCAGGAGCUGCUGGAGCUGUACCGUGGGGGGACACUGCCCUUGGAGCAGUUAAUGCUUGUGGUCACCACUCUCAUCAAGAAAAAUGAAUCUGCAGGCAGGAAAUUCCAAAUUUCAGUCAAGAGUUCCAGCAAGGAUCCUGUGACAGCAGCAGAACAGGAAAGUGACCACCAUCCCAAAGAGGAAGCCUGGAAAACAACCCUGAAAACCACAAUGGUUCACGUGGAGGCUCCAGAGUUCCAGGGCAGGCAGGUGUCCCUGUGGGACCUGCUGCACUCCCAUUACAUCCCCCAGGAGAACAGGAGGGAGGUGCUGGAGCUCUACGAGGCAGGAGAGCUGAGCCUGGAGCAGGUGAGGACCAUUGUCACCAGGAUAGCAGCAGCAGAGAGAGCAGAGAGAGCAGAGACAGCAGCACCUGUGGGUGGUCCCAGGGCAGAGCCGGUGGCCACAGAGGCUGAACCCACUGCCCUGGAUGGGGAUGGGGCCUGGGAGGAGACCCUGAAGGCCACCAGAGCCGAGGUGUCAGUGGGGGAGUUCCAGGAUGGACAGACUUCCUUGUGGGAGAUGCUAUUCUCUGAUUACAUCCCCGAGGAGAAGCGUCAGGAGCUGCUGGAGCUGUACCGUGGGGGGACACUGCCCUUGGAGCAGUUAAUGCUUGUGGUCACCACUCUCAUCAAGAAAAAUGAAUCUGCAGGCAGGAAAUUCCAAAUUUCAGUCAAGAGUUCCGGCAAGGAUCCUGUGACAGCAGCAGGACAGGAAAGUGACCACCAUCCCAAAGAGGAAGCCUGGAAAACAACCCUGAAAACCACAAUGGUCCACGUGGAGGCUCCAGAGUUCCAGGGCAGGCAGGUGUCCCUGUGGGACCUGCUGCACUCCCGCUACAUCCCCCAGGAGAACAGGAGGGAGGUGCUGGAGCUCUACGAGGCAGGAGGGCUGAGCCUGGAGCAGGUGAGGACCGUUGUCACCACCAUUGUCACCAGGACAGCAGCAGCAGAGAGAGCAGAGAGAGCAGCACCUGUGGGUGGUCCCAGGGCUGAGCCAGUGGCCACAGAGGCUGAACCCACUGCCCUGGAUGGGGAUGGGGCCUGGGAGGAGACCCUGAAGGCCACCAGAGCCGAGGUGGCAGUGGGGGAAUUCCAGGGCACAGAGACCUCCCUGUGGGACCUGCUCUUCUCUGAGCACAUCCCCGAGGAGAAGCGGCAGGAGCUUCUGGAGCUCCAGAGCCUGGAGCAGCACCUCAGGGCCCUCCCCGCGCACACCAUGGACCUGCUGCGCUCCGAGGGCUCCUACAUCACCUGUGACCCGGCCCAGGAGCGCCGGGUGUCCGUGUGGGAGCUGCUCUCCUCCAAGCAGGUGUCCGAGUACAAACGGGAGGCAUGUCUGGACACCUACCCCUCGGGAGGGCUGACGGUGAACAGGAUCACCAUCACCACCACCAUCACCACCGGGCCCCGGCUGGAGCAGAGCCGGCCCCGGCACCACUGA